AUGCCGCCCAAACAGUGGAUUGACAAGAAGAACGCGAGCAAGUUCCAGCUCUUCCACCGAUCUCAAAAUGAUCCGUUGAUCCACGAUACCAAUGCGGACGACCGCUUCCUGUACCAGGUUGGGGGACCCGCUCCUGCACCUGCGCCUGCAUCUUCUUCCGCCUCGAGUUCUUCGAAAAAGGCAUUGCCCAAUCUCUCGGAUCUCACGUCCGAGUAUGGCGGUAGUGCGCGCAAGAAUGAGGGCGAGGCUGCCAACUAUGGCGUUUAUUACGAUGACUCCAGCUACGAUUACAUGCAGCAUCUUCGUGAGCUAGGCACCGGUUCUGGAGAUGCAUACUUUGUUGAAGCCAAGGGUGAAAAGGCCAAGGGCAGAGCUGGCAGAGGCAUGAAGCUGGAGGAUGCGCUGCGACAGGUUUCUCUCGUUGAUAAGGAUACCUAUGCCCAGAGCGCUUCAGGUGCCCCUAGUCUCUAUGGCUCUCAAUAUGGCGAUAUGCGAUCAACUGCUUCGUCUUUUAUCCGCAAGCCCACCUACCAGGAUCAGCAGAACAUUCCAGACGCAAUUGCUGGCUUCAAGCCGGACAUGGACCCUCGUCUGCGAGAGGCCCUCGAAGCGCUUGAGGACGAGGCAUAUGUGGAUGAAGAUGGCGAUGAUGAUAUCUUCGGCGCAUUGACCGCCAAUGCGGAAGAGAUGGAUGAAGGUGACUGGGAGGAUUCUCUUUUCGACCAUGACGAGGAAGAUGAAGGAUGGGAGUCAGACGCUACCGAGAAAGCGCCUGUGCAGCCCAGUAGUACAGAAAUUCAGCAUCCAGCUGACGAAGAACCCUCAAAGGGGCCUGUACAGCCGCCUUUGGAGCCUGGCGAGAUGCCUGCGCCCGACGAGCCAGCCCCCGACAUGCAGGCCACUGACCAAGGGUGGAUGAGUGAGUUCGCCAAGUUUAAGAAAGAUGCCAAGGCUGGCAAGGCCCCUGCACCUGCUGCGCCCACAAUCGCCGCAUCGCAAACGAUGGCGUCGACUGUCUUCACCGCUGGCGGUACCCCAAUUCGCCGCAAGAAGCGCAAGGGUGCCAUGACCAACCCAUCCGCGUACUCGAUGACCUCAUCCGCACUGGCUCGUACCGAGGGUCACCGUCUCCUUGAUGACCGAUUCGACAAGGUCGAGCAGCUCUAUGCUCUUGACGAGGAGGAUGAGUUCGAUGACAGCAUGUCUAUGGUCAGUGGAAUGACUGGCGCAACCGGCAUGACUGGUAUGUCCAUGGCAUCAUCCCAGGCACCCAGUCUCAUCGAUGGCAAUGGCGAAGCAGUGCACAGCCGCAGCAACUUCAACAAUGUCAUGGACGACUUCCUGUCUAGCUGGGAUCCCAACACCAGUUCCCAGGCGAAGCGCAAUGGCGCCAAGAACAAGCGUGGCAAGAACGGUAACGAGGCCAUUGGCAUCAGAAUGCUCGACGAGGUGCGAUCAGGUCUUGGCCCAGCUCGUAUCAGGAGCGAGAAGGGUAAAGUCGCCGGAAGAGCUUAG